UCGAGUUGAAUUGUUCUCUGGUUGAAUUUUAAAAUCUGCAAAGUUUCCAAUGGCUGAAAAGGUCCCUGGUCCCCCCACCCCCCAGAUAAUAAUGAAGAGGGAGGAGUACAUGGCCUUACUCCGACCGUGUCAAACCUGCUCAAAAAUGCAAAAUCAAUUGGCCGAGUUACACGUUGAGUUGAACAAAUCAACUCUCGCAGCUUCUGAAAGGGAGAGAUCUCAUCAGGACACCGUGCGCAGCUUGAAAGACCAGAUUUCGCUUCUGCAGGACACGUGGCGUUCAAAACUCUCCAAUGUGGAGACCCCACAAACUCCAAUGUACCCCAGUCCUGGUCCUGUCAUUUAUUAUUACCAAGCUCUCCAGGCCACCAUACCACCACCGUACCAAUAUCACCGAUAGGUUCCCAGGAACGAAAAAUUUGUUAGGAGUUUAUAUAUGUAUUUCUUCCUGGAAGUCAGUUUUUCCGUAGUAAAGUGUUAACCUCUGUUUUUCUGAUCAUCUACCUGGAAACUAUGGGAUAUGUUUAUUAAAUAUUUUUCAAUUGAUUGCAAAAUUGUUGAUUUUAAUUUAUGAAUUUGUUAAAUGAUCCAGUUGUUUUUUAGGAAUUUUAUAUUAUAUAUUCCUGGAAAUAAGUUUUUCGGUAGUUUAGUUUUUUUUAAUGUGUAACCCCUGUCUGUUUCUCUUCCCAUUUCUAAAUAUGCAAACAUUUAAAAUGUGUUCACUAAAUAAUUUACUUUUGAUUAACAAAUUACCGUAAGACCUCUUUUUAUAGCCCUAUUCUAAUUA